UUUAGGCUUAGUUAUGCACACAAAUUGCGCCGUGAAAGUACCGCCCAGAGGAAGUUUCAGCUGAGGGCCAUCCAUGGUGUCUCUGCGACCACUGUUACAGAGACGCUGUCUCUGCACCAAGCUUCACGACAAAUGGUCCGUAAAGCAAGUCAUGAAGUCCAACUUUGCCGAGUCCUUGGAGGAGAUCAAGACCCGCAUCUCGGACUCCGACUUCAUUGCCGUCUCGCUGCAGAAGACCGGUUCUUUCUCGGCGCCGUGGCAGCGAGUCCUUCCGUUCGACACCGCCGAGACUGCCUAUUGCAAGGCCAAGUACGCCGCCGAGAAGUUCCAGCUGCUUCAGUUUGCUGUCUGUCCUUUUACUAUAAGUGAUUCCAAGCUCGUUGCUCACCCAUAUAACUUUCUCUUGUUUCCUAGGGAUGAAAUGAAUAUAGGGAUGCCUUCUUACAGUUUUUCGUGUCAAACAUCUUAUUUGGCGUCCAUGGCUCAGGAAGGUUUUGAUUUUAAUGCUUGCAUAUAUGAUGGCAUAUCAUACUUAUCUAGAGUACAAGAAUCUGCAGCUAAAGUUCGGAUAGGGAAUCCAACUGCCAUCACUUAUCAAAUGAAUUCUUCUUCUACUCCUACUGUUGCCGAUGCAGUUUUUGUUGAAAGAAUUAAAUCACGGAUUAAGAAUUGGAAAAAUUCAUGUAAAAGUUCAAAUUCAAGGACAGAUGAUCCUCUGGUGAGUACAUUAAGGAAGCUUAUUACAGCCAGUGAAUUUUAUGGAUCUAGACCAAGCAUGUCUGUAGAUGUCUGCAGUGAACGUCAAGUGCAGCUUGUACUAGAGAUGUUGAGAGAGUUCUCUGAUGAACUUGUUCCGUUAAUAAUACCGGGAAAGAGUGGAGGAACACAGGCAGUCCGUGUGGUUUUAACUAGUUCUAAAGAGGAUAAGAACUUUUUUGAGACGGAGCUUCAUUGCCAAGAAGAGGAACAAAAUAAGAAGGUCCGUGGCUUCCGGGAGGUGAUCGAUUUGAUCUCUGCUUCACAGAAACCUGUUGUCUCACACAAUUCUCUUAAUGACUUUACAUUUAUUCAUUCAAAAUUCAUUGGUCCUCUACCUCCUAACAUAGAUGAGUUUGCAAGCUCCUUGCGGUUGGUUUUUCCUGUUGUUCUUGAUGUCAGCUAUCUGAUGCAAAUUAUUGGCCCUCUGCGAAAGGUGACCAACAUACCUGUCGCUAUUUCCUACCUGAAUAAUCAUUUCUUCGCACCAGUUGAUAUUGAAAUCCCACACCAAGCCACAGAAAAUGAAGGCAAACUGCACGGGUACAAUGUUGUAAGAAUAUGCCAUUUGUUUGCAAAGCUCUGCUCCGUACUUAAAAUUCCCCACAGCUCUACUGUAUCUGAUAAUGAAGUUUUACCACCAGCUCUCGAAGAGUGUACAAAUGUUUUCAAUGAAUUCUCCACCAGCACCCGACGAAUUGAUGAGGAUGUCAAAGUCUGGACGAAGAACACAAGAAAAGUCAGCUGUGAGCAAUUAGUCCUCUUGUGGGGAUUUAGAAGUGGAACGACUGCUGGAAAACUGAAGAGCAUGCUACAUAGGUCACACGAUGUUUUCUCUGAAGAAUUUGAUGUUAGGUUAGUUGAUAAGAGCUGUGCCAUUGUUGUUUUUUGGCAACCAGGUUUAUCCACAAUUUUUCUGGAUGUCAUGAAUGGCAAAGAGGUUUUUGGAGCUUUAAAAGAGAUGAUCUCGGAGGGUCUGAGAGCAGUGUCUUUUGAGGCUUACAAGAAAGUAUGUAGAUUGGGCAUUUGGGAGGCUGAUUUAACAGAAUCCAUGGUCAGAGCCAUGGAUGAAGACCCUGACUACCUAGUGGAAGCUAACCCUGAAACAAAACUCAGAGAAAUUUACUGGUCUAGUCAUGACUCCAUGAUUAAUUUGGAUGAGCUUUGACAUCAGGCUAGUUUCCUGAAAGUGAGGUCAGUUUUAAUACAGACUAAUGCAGAUAAGAGAAUGGUUCGUGUCAAUAUUGAAGUAAUGAGUUAUGAAUGCAGUUUCAUAUGCAAGAAGGAACUCAUACCUUAUGAAACUGUGGUAAUCAAAUUCUUUGUUCAUUAGAAUGGUCCUCAAACUUCGUAUGUUGGGAAGUCUAGAUGUUUUCAGCUUCUAGGGGUUCUCUCUAAGGUGUUGUUGAUAGGGCCUGUAUGAUUAUAUUAUUUUAUUCUCUACAUACAGAAGGAAGAAAUUAUUUUCAAAGAUAAACUUUGAGUAUUUCGGUGUAUGGUGGGAAGAUCAAUUGAUUAAUGUUCACUGUGUGGA